AUGUUUUUAUGGAAGGUGUUCCUAAGGAAAAUUUUCCUGAUGAGCAGGUUCCAAAUGCAACUAAUGUGGAAGAUUAAGGAAUGGAUUGACGAUUUUUUUAAGGAUGCAAAUAAUUAUGAUGAUAGUGGAGUAGGGGAGACCUGGUGUGAAAGUAAAUAUAGCCGUAAGGAAAAAAUGGAAGGAAUAGACAAAGAGUGGUGCACAUUUAUUUUCGAAAAUUUAUGGAGAAUACAAAAAAUAAGCCCUCAUGAAGGGGAAAUGGACAUUGGUAAGGAACUACAGGCGCACGUGUAUUGUGCUAUUAUGAGGGUAUGGUUGCACCUAUACGUAGGGAAAUAUUGUGGCGCAAAGGAAGUUAUGGAACACGCUGCCCAUGGAGUAAACACAUUGUGCGACGGUUUCACAGAUGGGAUAAUGUGUUAUAAGUGUGAAUAUGGAGAAUUGAAGAGUAUGAAGGUAGGUGGUGUAGAUGCCUUAAAAUACAUAUGGGGUAAAACGAAGGGAGGGAAGGGACUUAUACGAGAAGCGUACAGCAAAAUGGAUAAAGAUCCAUGUCCACAGGAAUACAGUAAAAGUGGAAAGGGAGAAGGAAUAUGGAAAGACAUGAAAGAAGUCUUCAACGACAUGAUGGAUAAUAUACAGAGGGAUGGGUUUAAUGAUAAAGGGUACUGUUCCGAGAGAGGCUGGAACCCUAAAACUAAGGAGCUAUGCAAAAUUCUAUUGCGAUUACAAUUCUGGAUCGAUGGAUUAGUGCAAAAAUGGGAAGGGGUAGAAAAUUGGGGCCCACAGGGGUACUUCCAUUGGGUAAAAAGGGAAGAUAAUAAUAUUACACCAAAAAAAAAGGAACUACAAUCGUAUUAUAGAUGUCUACUUGGGAAAGUAACCAUGAUGAAAAUGUUACUACCACAUUGUGACCUGAAUAAAGUAGUAGAUGUAGUUCAGGGUGGAGUGGACGGGAUAAGGAAAACUAGGGUUUUUAGUGAUGGGAAUCAAUUAUGUAAAGGACUGGAACUCAAGAGUUUAAAAAUGGGAGGAAGGUUAAUUUGGCAGCAGAUUAGUGAAUGGAUAGAUAACUAUACAAAUAAAUGGAAAGUUAACCGACCCGACAGGGACCCGGUAGGAGACAAUACACUCCUCUAUAGUGGAGGACUAUUCAAUUGGUAG